UUUCACAUUUUCAAGAAACGUGUGCCGUGCUUUGCUCGAUAGAUCGAUUUCAUAUUAAAAUUUAAGGAUGAUGUUAUUUUGAUUUAAAUUUGUAUUUUGGUCAGUUAGUCUAUUAAAUUUUAUUUGAUUGUGAUGAUAAAAAGUUGACGUGAGUGUUAUUCCUGAAUUCGUGUUCCUGAAUUUAGAGUCUAAAUUCAUCGUCUAAAUUUUAGACGAUAGUGAAUUAGAAAAGGUGACAACAUGCUUAAGAAAGUGUUUACCCACCAAGGCCCCCUUCAUACUCGUGCGGAUGGGUUAACUUUCAGCCUGUACUCGGCAGAGGAGAUUCGAAAACUUGCCGUCGUCAAUGUCAUCACUCCGUUGGGCUUUAAUGCCUUGGGCCACCCGCUACCUGGGGGGUUGUACGACCCUGGAAUGGGGCCGUACGACAUCGGAGGAAUGUGCACAACCUGUCAGCAAACGAUGCUAUUUUGUCCAGGACACUUUGGAAAGAUCGAGUUGCCACUGCCAGUUAUUAAUCCGCUCUUUUCCAAAACGCUGCUCAGUAUUUUUAGAAUGUCCUGCCUGGGUUGUCACAACGUUACUAUUCCAGGUGUACUGAAGUACAUGUGCCUUGCGCAAUUGAAACUCUUAAGCUUUGGGUAUAUGAAAGAAGCUCAGGAUGCCGAAUCUGUCAUAGGGGACAUUCUUGUGAAUGAUGGAGAAACAAAGAAGAAAUCCAAGUAUACCAGCAAGGCAGAAAUUGAAGUGGCAAGACUAAAGUUUGAGGCCUACGUAGAAAGCGUUUUGUUAAAAUAUAAAAAUCUCUCGAAUUUGGAUACUGUUGUGGCCUCUUCAAAAAAUAUUGAAAAUGUAAAGCGUGUUGUGACAAAGCGGCUCAUGUCUCACGCAAAGAUGAACCAUAAAUGUCCCAAUUGUGGAUUGACUUGCAAAAAGAUGAUGCUUUUCAACUCUCAAAUCGUCUACACAUUGGUUGCCGGAAAGGAGAGUAAGCCAAAUCGUGACGAUGAACAAGAAUUCAUUGAUAGCUUAAUUGGAACAAUUGGAGUGGAUAUUGAGUCUACAGGCACUCAAAAAUAUUUAACCCCUUCAGAAGCAAAGGAUCACAUGAGAAUGUUGUGGAUGAAUGACCCAGAUUUCUUGAAGGAACUAUUUCCUGUUCUUCAGACAACACCAACCACAUUCCCGACUGAUUUGUUUUUCGUUGAAGUGGUGGCAGUCCCCCCUCCAAAGAAUAGAGCUGCCAAAAUGCUUAAUAAUAUGAUGGUUGAACAUCCUCAAAAUUUGGCAUUGAGACAUGUGGUAACGUCCUGUACAAUGUUGAGUUACACAAGUAUUGCGAUGAAAAAUGGGCUAGAAGCCUUAUCUGCUGAUGCAUUGAAAGCGUUGAAAGGAAUAGCUGGAGAGAGUCUAAAUGCUAAGCUUGAGACUAUUUGGAAAGAUCUUCAAACUGACGUUGACCACAUUAUGGAUAGAGAGAAAAGCAAAAUAUCUGCUGCUUCAGCAGCUCAAAUGCUUGGUUUGAAACAAAUUAUUGAAAAGAAGGAAGGACUUUUCCGAAUGCACAUGAUGGGAAAGCGAGUAAACUUUGCGGCUCGAACAGUGAUAACGCCUGAUCCCAUUCUUCACAUUGAAGAGAUUGGAAUUCCUGAUGUGUUUGCCAAAGUAUUGACUUUCCCUACGCCUGUCACCACAUGGAAUGUGCAGCAUUUGAGAAAACUCAUCAUAAAUGGUCCCAACGUUCACCCUGGUGCUAUUUCAGUAGAAAAUGAACUUGGACAAGUCUCUUUGUUAAGUGCAACUAAUGAAAUUCAAAGACGAGGUAUAGCCAACCGUCUCUUGGCCACAGACAAAAUAUCUGGUGGUGAAUUCAAGGGAUUUAAAACUGUUAACCGUCACUUGUUGAAUGGAGACUAUUUACUAUUAAAUCGUCAACCCUCUCUGCAUAGGCCUUCAAUCAUGGCACACAGGGCUCGUGUACUUUAUGGCGAAAAAGUUUUUCGACUACAUUAUGCCAAUUGCAAACAUUACAAUGCCGAUUUUGACGGAGAUGAAAUGAACGCUCACUUUCCACAAACUCACGUGGCCAGAAGUGAGGCUGCUAAUUUAGUCAAUGUAUGCAGCCAUUUUCUUGUCCCAAAGGAUGGUACACCUCUCAGUGGUUUAAUUCAAGAUCAUGUUGUUGCUGGAGUCAGACUAACAAUCAGAGGAAGAUUUUUCCAUCAAAGGGAUUACUUUCAACUAGUAAACUUUGCAUUGGGCAGCAAUUCAAGAUAUAUUGAGACUGAGCCUCCUACUAUUCUGAAACCGGUGACGCUUUGGUCUGGAAAACAAGUGAUUUCUACAAUAAUCAAAAACUUAGUUCCCGAAGGAAAAGCGCUUUUAUCAUUUAAUUCUAGUGCAAAAAUUAAAGCAAAUGAAUGGAGAAAGCAGGUAGAAAGGAGGUGGAAAUAUGGUGGAAACAUACAAGGCGACAACCUAUCAGAAUCUGCUGUGAUAUUUAGAGAAGGCGAGCUGCUAUCUGGAGUUCUUGAUAAGGUGCACUUGGGGGCGACUCCAUAUGGUCUAAUUCAUGCAUUUUAUGAGCUGUACGGAAGCCAAGCAGCAGGAGCAUUACUUACAGCGUUCUCAAGACUGAUGACUAAUUUUCUUCAAUGGGAAGGAUUCACUCUAGGAGUUAAGGAUGUCCUUGUUACACCUCAGGCAGAUGAAGUGCGUCGUCAUUUUAUGGUUGAAGCUAGCAAGGUUGGACCUCAGGCUGCUGCGGCGGGUGUAAAUGUACUUUCAGAUACUUCUGACGAUAUUGUUAACGAAAAAUUAGAACAAGUGCAUCGCUCCAGAGAUAACAAGAGCCGAGCUUUUGUCGAUUUGUGUUACAAAAAGUCGCUGGAUCAGUAUACCAACCAGAUUAACAAAGCGGUCUUGCCAUAUGGAUUGGUCACAAUUUUCCCUGAAAAUAACUUGCAACUGCUGGUGCAAUCCGGAGCAAAGGGAUCGACCGUGAACACCAUGCAAAUGUCCUGUGCCUUAGGUCAAAUUGAGUUGGAAGGGAAGCGACCACCGUUGACCAUUUCUGGGAAAUCUUUACCCAGUUUCAAAACUUAUGAUGUUUCCCCUCGAGCGGGUGGUUUCAUUGCUGGACGAUUCUUGACUGGAAUCAGACCACAAGAGUUCUUUUUCCAUUGUAUGGCUGGUAGAGAGGGUCUGAUUGAUACUGCUGUUAAGACUAGCAGAAGUGGUUAUUUGCAACGUUGCUUAGUCAAACUAUUAGAAGGAGUAGUUACUCAAUAUGAUGGAACUGUGAGAGACAGCGAUGGAAGUGUUAUUCAGUUCAUUUAUGGUGAAGAUGGUUUGGAUGUCUGCAAGUCUCAAUAUUUAAAAGAAAAACAGCUAUCGUUUCUUGAAGAAACUGUGAAAAGCCUUGAAGAUGACAAAUUUUUUAAAAGGAUUAAGAAACUGGGUGAUAGAAAAAUGAUUUCCGUUAGAAAAGCAGAGAUUGCUGCCAUGUGUGACAAAGAUUUUAAACAUCGUACUAGUGGAUUUUUAAAUUUUGCUGCCAAGAAUGCUGGAUCCGUCAAGCAUUUGUAUGGUUUUAACCCAGCGACUGGACGUUCACUUAGAACAGAGAAAUUAUGUUCAAUGUGGAACAACAUGAGCCAGCCCAAACGUAUUUCCCAUUUAAAAGCUGAUGUUCGACCGGAUCCUUUAUUGAGCUAUUUAAAACCAGAAUCAAAUUUUGGAGUGAUUUCUGAAAACUUGGAACAAAUGCUGGGGCGUCACUGCAAAAACUCUAGUGUUAAUUCAAAAAAGUUUAAAAACGCCGUUUACUACAAGGCCAUGAGAGCUUUGAGUGCUCCAGGAGAUGCUGUUGGUGUUUUAGCUGCUCAGUCAAUUGGAGAACCAUCAACCCAAAUGACACUCAACACAUUUCACUUUGCUGGAAGAGGCGAAAUGAACGUCACUUUAGGAAUUCCUCGGUUACGAGAAAUAUUAAUGGUCGCUUCGGCCAAUAUCAGAACACCAAGUAUGGACAUCCCGUUCAAAGAAGGGGUAUCUGAAAAGCAAGCCGAAAAACUACGUCUUCUACUAACCAGCGUGAAUCUCGCCCAAGUGUUGCAGUAUAUCGAGGUGUCCGAACAAAUUGACACCCACACGCAGUCAAGAUUUUACACACUGAAAUUUGUGUUCCUUGAAAAAUCAGAAUUCGCUGGGAAAUUUUGUGUAAAACCCAGAAACAUAUUAAGUUAUUUUGAAAGAAAAUUCCUUUCCCAACAUCUAAUUCCUGCCUUGCGUAAAGUUUCAAAGCAAAAGAAGGACACCGGAAUAGAAACAGUUAAAGAAGGUCAAGGACACGGUGAAGGCCUGGACGAAGACGAAGAAGAACCCCAAAGAAAUAUUUACGACGAGCAAGAACGUAAAGGGAUGGGCGAAGGACAUGAAAGUUCAGAUGAAGAAGAGGAACCCGAAGACGCUGAUGCGACACAACAAGCCCGCCGGGCUCGACAUGCAGAAAAAGAGUAUGAUGCACCUGAAGAUGAAGAAAUAAUUAUUGACGAUGAAGACCAAGAAGAAGAAACGCCGAAAUCUGCCGAUAGUGAAAAUGCGGACAAAGAUUUAGAGGAAGAAGAACAAGCGGACAUUGGGAGUGUUUCGUUCCGAGUGUCCGAGGACAGUUAUGAAGCUCGCAUUAGUUAUGUUACCUCUUCUCACGAAAUUAUCACAGAUUAUGACCUUGAUAGGAUACUGGAAGAGUGGUGUACCGUGUCAAUUAGAUUGCCCUUAGAACUUGAGAAAAUUAAUAUGAGUUCAAUAUUGAGAUCCGUUGCAGAAAAAGCAAUCAUUCACCAAGUGCCAAACAUUACGAGAGCAUUUCUCGUCAAGCCACAAAUGAUUCUCAAGACGGAGGGUAUCAAUAUCCUUGCGAUGGCAGAACAUCGCGACGUGCUGGAUCUCAGUCGGCUGCAUUGCAAUAAUAUCCACACAAUGGCACAACAUUACGGAAUUGAGGCAGCGUCCCGAGUCCUCGUGAAGGAAAUGACAGAUGUGUUCAGAGCCUACGGGAUUGUGAUUGAUCCCAGACAUCUUACGCUGAUUGCUGACUACAUGACAUUCUCUGGGACUUAUCGGCCUUUUAAUCGGAUUGGCAUCGAGUCCAGUGCCAGUCCUCUGCAACAAAUGAGCUUCGAGACUGUGGUGACCUUUCUUCGUGAUGCUGCUUUGACAGGGAAAUAUGACGAUCUAUCGAGUCCAUCCGCAAGACUGGUGGUUGGGAAGCCGGCUGGCGUUGGGACAGGCUUAUUCACUUUAAGGCAACAAAUAAGCUCAUUUGACGAGUAAAUACUUUUGUUAACCUUUUAAGUAAAUACUAAAUUUUGUAUGACAAAUAUUUUAAAAUAAAAUUGAAAAUCAAGUUUA